UCCCUUUAUUAUGCUUCAAAAGAAGAAUACAAAUAAUUCAAAGCCUAUAAGUCUACAUUCUUGUUACGAUCAACGUUGCAACUAGUACAAAAUCGAAAUGGCAAGAACUUGUUUUAGAACAAAUAAACCCCAAACAACAACCGCAAUAAUUGUCAAAUUUCUUUGUAGUUACGGUGGUAAGAUCCUCCCUCGUUAUCCUGAUGGCAAGCUACGUUAUUAUGGUGGCGAAACUCGUGUCCUUGCCGUUGACCGCUUCAUCUCUUUCUCCGAGUUAUCGGUAAAACUUGAAGAACUUUGUGGAACGCCAGUGGCUCUCCUAAGGUGCCAAUUACCGUCAGAGGAUCUAGACGCACUUGUUUCCAUCACUUCGGACGAGGAUCUCGUUAAUCUCAUUGAAGAAUACGAACGAACACAACAACAACCACCAGAUUUCAAAGUCAGAGCAUUUCUGUCUCUUCCAAAGAACCCAUCAUCCCCAAUUUCGUCUCCAAUCGCUUCCUGUUCACCUCCAAGAUUUCGAACCAAUCAUUGCACCCAACAGAUGUUAAAAGAACCCAAAAAGCUUCAAUUUUGUCACAAAAAAUUAUCUGCUGGAAAUUUGUUACGUUAUGCUUGUGCUAAUUCAAGCCAGAGUUACGUACCUAGUUCAUAAUAUGGUUACCAUUUUUUAGCAACGAUAUUUUAGGAUUAUAUAUAUAUAUAUAUAUGAUUGUACUAGAUAUAUGAAUGGAUUGGAUUUUUUUUUUUUUAA